CGUUAUUUAAGGUAUAAAAGCAGAUUUCUAUUAAUAAAUACAGCUUUAAUACGCUGUGAGCAAACCUGAACAUACACUUUCAGCGUUUAAGAAGCAUUCUUUUCAAGAGCAUCAACAGUUUACUUUUUCUUCCUCUUCCCCCUUCCUUUUUCUACUCGUUUGAAAACUCGUUAAAUAGAAUCAUCGCAACACCCACUACUGUUUGUUAAACAGCAAGAUCAAAGAAUCACAUUUGCAGUCGUUACUAUCGAAUCGAUUAAGAUUAAAUACGACUGCUAAUAUUUUCCCCUCAACCGAACCAGGAUCGUUGAAGAGAAAAACUUUCAGACGCUGCCGACCGACCAACCACUAUGCCUCCCCGACGACUUUCUCUCCAGAACGAACCUAAAGUUACCAUUACUACCGUUGAUCCCGAUUCGGAUUUUCACGAAGACGACGACGUCGAAGAAGAAUAUUCGAGGAAGAUUCAAGGACAAGUUCAAAGAAACCUUUUAAAAGUUCCCGCCCUAAAAACGCAUUCCAAUAGACGACAUUCAAUAGCCGCCGGAGCCGGUGCCGCUACGAACGAAGCAAAUAAUCAGACGAAAGAGAGCCCAAGACGGUAUUCUCUAGAUUUGGCUCCCAGUAGCGUUUCCAGUAUUAUGGCCCGAACAUCGGACGACUUCAAAAAAGUUCUUAAGGAUAUGAAUUUCAAAUUUGUAUUAGAAGAUAUCGACGAUAACGACGAAGAAGAGACAAAAAAGAAGACGAGAACGAAGAAGGUUGUUAGAAAAAGUAAAGAACCAAACUCUAGCCGAAAGCAAGUUCGGUGGUCAAGUUCUACUCAUAAAAAGACGCUUAUUAGAUCAGAUAUUUAA